AUGUCAAACAUCCAAGUCACCACCCGCCGAGCCUUUCGUCGAACCGAUGACUACACCCCCGGCACACCCAAGUUGAAGCUCGUGCAAGAGGCUCUACCAUUACCUCUCGCACCAACUUCGGUAUUGGUCAAAGUAUACGCUGUCGCUAUCAAUUACAGAGACGCCAAUAUCGCCAACGGAGGAAACCCAUGGCCAGUUCUGCCAAAUGGUAUUCUCUGCAACGAUGCUGCUGGCGAGAUCAUAGCCGUGGGUGAGAAGGUGAAGGCCUUGGCCAUCGGGGACAGGGUCGGGCCCAUCACUGAUACUGACAAUAUCUCGGGGCGGGAAGUGGGACGAUCUUGGCUUGCUGCAGACGAGGAUGGUGUUAUGGCAAACCAUAUUAUAUUCGACGAGGCUGUCUUUUGCAAGCUCCCAGACUAUCUUGACUGGACAAGUGCUGCGACGAUUCCUUGUGCGGGAGUCACUGCGUGGUCGGCCUUGAAGGGUAUGAGUAUAGGACAGGCAGUGCUCAUUCAAGGGACCGGUGGCGUGAGUAUGUUUGCCAUGAAACUUGCACGAGCUGCCGGGCUGAGGGUUGUGCUCAGCUCGUCGAGUGAUAGGAAACUCCAGCAAAUGAGAGACAAGUUCUCCAGCCCACCCAUUCUGACAGUCAACUAUGCGACCAACCCAGAUUGGCACAAUCAGGUUUUAGAGCUUACCGGCGGUGUGGGUGUUGACAUUGUUGUCGAAAAUGGAGGGACCGGAUCUUUGGUCAAGAGCAUGAAAUGUACCCGGCGUGGUGGUAUCGUCAGUCAAGUUGGGUAUCUUGCCAAGCAGAACCCUAUGGACCUUGCCGAGCUAGUGCCGACCAUUAUUGAUCGUCGAAUCAUCCUGAGGGGUAUCAACGCAGGGUCGAAGUAUGACAUGGAAGACUUCUGUGCUGCUCUGUCGGCUUGUCAGACACCGCUGGAUGAUCUUAUUGAUAAAGUUUCUCCCUUUGAACAAGCCGAGGAGGCGGUUCAAUAUGUCUGGGGGGGAAGCAGAUUGGAAAGGUUGUCCUCAAGCUUUAGACCUUUCCAAGAUAACCAUAUAGACAUUCCGAGAGUGAGGGCCUGGCUAUUCCUUACCACCUACAAUAAUCAUAUGAUCGACAAUCCCACAAAUUUUACUGGAAAGAAGUUUAAUUCAAAAGAGCGACUAUCAAUAAACCCCAAACGCACAUCAUGUAUCCUCCAAGGGUAUCAACGUAAGUCGUAA